UUGUUAGGAAAUUGAAACCGGCCGAUCGUAUAGUAUAGCGGAAAUGUACUCCAUUUCACACAAGAAAAGUGAUGGCUCUUUUGUAAAUGAAGAAGCAAAACAAAAGAGUGAUUUAUUGGAGAAGGAACUUGAAAAGAAUUGUUCUGAAAAGGCUGCCUAUGUUAAAGCUUUUGGGAAAGAUCGCUCAGGAUACGUGAGAGGCAUGGGCUUUGGUGUUUGUCCAUCUCAAGUGUUGGAAUCUGCUAGCAGCUCUAGUAGCUCGCAAUUUGCUGGCAUCACAUUGGCUGAAUGGAAUGCCAUGAAAUCAGAAAUGCAGGAGAGCAAUGCGAAAUUUCAAGCUUUAGAGGAACGAAUGAAUUCUUUCAUGCAACAGUUUGGAGGUCAAGGGCCACCUAACCAGGUCAAUUUGCCAUGACUGAACCCUCCAAGGACAUCCUACUUCUAUUUUGUCAUAUUUAGUAUUUUGCAUUAAUCCCCUAUCCACACUUAUUAUGUGAUAAACAUUUAUUUUGUAAG